AUGGCUCCUAGGGUAAUAGUCGUCGGUGGUGGAUUGGCCGGCUUGAGUGCUGCCCAUACGCUUUAUCUUGCCGGUGGAAAUGUAGUGCUGCUUGAUAAGAACAACUUCUUUGGAGGAAACUCAACCAAAGCGACCUCUGGUAUUAAUGGAGCUCUCACAAGAACCCAAGUCGACCAAAAUAUUAGAGACAGCGUGAAGCAAUUUUAUGAUGACACCCUCAAGUCGGCCAGAGACAAAGCUCGGCCCGACCUUAUCAAGGUGUUGACAUAUAAAUCUGCUGCCGCGGUGGAGUGGUUGCAAGACGUAUUCAACCUUGACCUUACUCUAGUAUCCCGCUUAGGUGGUCAUUCGCAGCCGAGGACCCAUCGUGGUCAUGAUGCAAAAUUCCCGGGUAUGGCAAUCACAUAUGCGCUGAUGCAGCGCAUCGAGGAGCUUUCCGAGAAGGAACCGGAGCGUGUCCAGCUCAUCAAAAAGGCUCGCGUGGUCAAAGUCAACAAGGAGGGAAAUAAGGCGACUGGUGUCACUUAUGAAUACAACGGAGAAAAUCACGUUGUCGAUGGUCCCGUUAUCCUGGCUACUGGUGGCUACGCAGCAGACUUCUCCGAGUCUUCAUUGCUCAAGAAGUAUCGGCCAGAUACCUAUGGCCUCUCCAGCACAAACGGACAGCACGCCACAGGCGACGGGCUCAAGAUGUUGAUGGAGAUUGGAGGAAACGGAAUCGAUCUGGACAAGGUGCAAGUUCACCCCACCGGUUUGAUCGAUCCGAAAGACCCUGGCUCAAAGUGGAAAUUCCUUGCAGCCGAAGCGCUGCGUGGAGAGGGCGGUCUGCUUCUCAACUCUGACGGUGAACGCUUUUCUGACGAACUCGGUCAUCGUGAUUAUGUCUCUGGUCAGAUGUGGAAGGAAAAGGAAAAGGGCAAGUGGCCUAUUCGCCUCGUGCUCAACUCCAAAGCAUCGAAUGUACUGGACUUCCACACCCGCCACUACUCUGGGCGUGGUCUCAUGAAGAAGAUGACCGGCAAAGAGCUGGCCAAGGAAAUUGGUUGCGGCGAGGAGAGGCUGCAAAAGACCUUCAAAACGUACAAUGCCAUCGCUGAGGGAAAGGAAAAGGACCCCUACGGCAAGCGUUUCUUCCACAACCUGCCCUUAGAUAUCAGCGAUACCUUCCAUGUCGCUUUGAUGGAGCCCGUGCUGCACUUCACCAUGGGCGGCAUUGAGAUCAACGACCAAGCGCAGGUGUUGAACUCGGAAGGCAAGCCUUUUGAAGGUCUCUUUGCCUGUGGUGAGCUUGCUGGCGGUGUGCACGGCGCUAACAGACUUGGUGGUUCGUCACUGCUCGGAUGUGUUGUUUACGGACGUGUUGCCGGAGACUCUGCCUCCCGCUAUCUAUUCCAGGAGCUGUUGACCGGCAGAACAUCAACCGCUGCUCAGCGUCUCGGUCAGAUCUCUCUGCACAUUGACCCCUCGCAGCCAGGCAAAGUUGCGGUUGAAUGGGGCAACCAGUCCGGUGUCCAAGGUGAUAGCACAAUCGCCCAACAGAGCCAAACAUCAGCGGCUCCGGUGUUGAAGGGCUCCGCUGCAGAUAGCUCGGAUCCUGGAAAGGUAUCUAAGCCCAAUGCACCAAAGGAAUUCAAGAUCCCCGACAAGGAGUUCACUCUGGAGGAAGUCAAGAAACACAAUAAAAAGGAAGACCUAUGGAUUGCCGUCAAGGGUAUCGUCUUGGACCUGACGAACUGGGUCGAUGAGCACCCCGGCGGUCCUCAGGCAUUGUAUACCCAUAUGGGUAAAGACGCAAGCGAAGAAUUCGAAAUGCUUCACGAUGACGAAGUCAUUCCCAAGUACGCCCCUGAGGUCGUCAUCGGCCGUGUCAAGGGCCAGAAGGUGACGCUUGACGUAUAG